AUGGACGCCGAGAAAGCUGCCGCUAACAAUGGUGUGGACCACGAGCGUUGUCCCGUCGAGGAGGUUGCUCUGGUUGUUCCGGAGACCGACGACCCGAGCCUUCCGGUGAUGACGUUCAGGGCUUGGUUCCUUGGUCUCACCUCCUGCAUCCUCCUCAUCUUUCUCAACACCUUCUUCACAUACCGCACGCAGCCUCUCACCAUCUCCGCCAUCCUGAUGCAGAUCGCCGUCUUGCCCAUCGGUAAGUUCAUGGCUCGGACCCUCCCCACCACCUCCCACCGCUUCCUAGGCCGGGAAUUCAGCCUAAACCCUGGUCCCUUCAAUAUCAAGGAGCACGUCAUUAUCACCAUCUUCGCAAAUUGUGGCGUCUCUUUUGGUGGCGGUGACGCUUACUCCAUUGGAGCCAUCACUGUCAUGAAGGCUUACUACAAGCAGAGCCUCAGCUUCAUCUGCGCUCUCUUCAUCGUCUUGACCACUCAGAUUUUGGGGUAUGGCUGGGCUGGAAUUCUGAGGAGGUACCUUGUUGACCCCGUGGAGAUGUGGUGGCCUUCCAAUCUUGCUCAAGUUUCUCUCUUCAGAGCGUUGCACGAGAAGGAAAACAAGCAGUCGAAAGGCUUGACGAGGAUGCAGUUCUUUCUAGUGGCUUUUGGUGCCAGCUUUCUUUACUACGCACUCCCAGGCUAUCUAUUCCCAAUCUUGACCUUCUUCUCUUGGGUUUGCUGGGCUUGGCCUCACAGCAUCACUGCUCAGCAGGUUGGCUCUGGCUACCAUGGCCUCGGUGUUGGAGCCUUCACUCUCGACUGGGCUGGCAUCUCCGCUUACCAUGGCAGUCCCUUGGUGGCUCCAUGGUCCUCUAUCCUCAACGUUGGCGUUGGUUUCAUCAUGUUCAUCUACAUCAUCAUCCCUCUCUGUUACUGGAAGUACAACACCUUCGACUCCAGAAAAUUCCCUAUUUUCUCCAAUCAGCUCUUCACUCACAGUGGCCAGAAAUACGACACCACCAAGAUCCUUACCCCUCACUUUGAUCUUGAUAUUUCUGCCUAUAACAGUUACAGCAAGCUUUACCUCAGCCCUCUUUUCGCCCUCUCUAUCGGGUCUGGGUUUGCGAGAUUCACAGCAACACUAACUCAUGUGGCAUUGUUCAACGGCAGGGACAUAUGGAGGCAGACUUGGUCCGCAGUGAAGACCGUGAAGCUUGACGUUCAUGCCAGAUUGAUGAAAAGCUACAAACAAGUGCCUGAGUGGUGGUUUUAUGCAUUGCUAGGUGGAAGUGUAGGCAUAUCUCUCCUCAUGUCUUUUGUGUGGAAGGAAAGUGUGCAGCUUCCAUGGUGGGGAAUGCUCUUUGCUUUUGCCUUGGCCUUUGUUGUCACUCUCCCUAUCGGUGUCAUUCAAGCAACCACAAACCAGCAACCAGGGUAUGACAUAAUAGCUCAGUUCAUGAUCGGUUAUAUCCUGCCUGGAAAACCCAUUGCAAACCUGAUUUUCAAGAUCUACGGGCGAAUCAGCACAGUCCACGCUCUCUCCUUCUUGGCAGACCUUAAGCUUGGCCAUUACAUGAAAAUCCCACCGCGCUGUAUGUACACUGCUCAGCUGGUGGGCACUGUGGUAGCUGGUGCAGUGAACCUUGGAGUGGCCUGGUGGAUGCUUGAGAGCAUUCAAGACAUAUGCGACAUCGAAGGAAUGCACCCUAAUAGCCCCUGGACUUGCCCCAAGUACAGAGUGACGUUCGAUGCUUCAGUCAUUUGGGGGUUGAUAGGACCAAAACGGCUGUUUGGAGCAGGAGGCAUGUACCGUAACCUGGUCUGGCUCUUCCUCAUCGGAGCUGUCCUGCCUGUUCCCGUGUGGGCGCUGAGCAAGAUCUUCCCAAACAAGAAGUGGAUCCCUCUCAUCAACAUUCCAGUUAUCUCCUACGGCUUUGCAGGGAUGCCUCCAGCCACUCCAACCAACAUCGCGAGCUGGCUGGCCACAGGAACCAUCUUCAACUACUUUGUGUUCAAGUACCACAAGAGAUGGUGGCAGAAGUACAACUAUGUGCUCUCUGCAGCGCUUGAUGCAGGGACUGCAUUCAUGGGUGUGCUAUUGUUCUUCGCCCUGCAGAACGCUGGACACGACCUCAAAUGGUGGGGGACUGAAGUGGAUCACUGCCCUCUUGCAUCCUGUCCCACAGCCCCUGGAAUCAUAGCCAAAGGAUGUCCCGUUUUCUAA